AGAAAGAAGGAUGGUACUAGUUUGAAAUUACAAGUUCUCGCUGGUAUUUUGAUAUAUUAGUACUAGUUUUUUUGAAAUUACAUUUUUGCUGUUAAACUAGAUUUUGAUAAAAGUAAAGUUUAUGGUUUAUUUAUUAAUUAGUUACAAGUUUCUUCAUUUGCUACACUUAGUGGCGGGGCCAUGAUUUCACUCUGAAGAAUGAUUUUUUUUUUUUUUAAAGUAAACAUAUGAAUAAGUCAUGAAAAUUUAUUAUCUGUUAUAUAUACAUAAAAAAAUAAUUUUAAUUUUAUAUAUAUAGUGUAAUUUUUGAUGAAUGAGGUUCGGAUUAACCCCCUUGCGGCACCCUAGCUCAGCCCAUGGCUACACUAGAUUACGCCAAAAAUAAAAACAAUUGACUAUUUAAUUAGAUCGAGCUUUAUUUAAUUGAUUUUGGGGAUGGAUGUUUACCUAUUUUGGGAGACUUCAAUGAUGAAAAUAAGAAACGAAGAGAAAAACCCCUGAAAAUGAUAUAAACAAAAACAGAAAACUGAACGCUAACGCAAAUAAUAAGGAAAAAUAGAGAAAUUAUAUCAUAGCAAGAUUUUUGCCUACAUCUAUGAUGCCAAUAAGGAAAGGAUAAAAUUACUAAUGAACUUUAGCCAUGGUUUAGACUUUUAGAGGCUGUUUUAGGCAAACAACUAUUGACCCUUGGAUUUGAAAGUGUACACCUGUAAUCAGAUUAAUAGUACACUGGACCAAAUGGACAGUAGCUAUGCUGGAGGGGAGCUGCUUCCGUAAUUAUUUAGGAGAGGCAUGCCAAAUCGCAUGCCGCAUGCGCCACGGCAAGACAAGUAAGGGCUCCACUUCCACAAAAGUAGGAUUAUACUUAAACGCAUGAAAGCGUGAUAACUAAUGGAGUACAUUUUGCCACUUUUUUUCUAGUUUACUCUUCUAAUGUCUAAACACAGUCUUAAAAAGCAGAACAAAUAUCAUCAAACCAAAAACCAAGUGUCCUCCCGCAGAUCACCCACCCCCACGUAGCCAUAUAUAUCACACCAUAUACUAUAUCUUUAUGUCAUAUAUAUAUAUAUAUAUAUAUAUAUAUAUAUAUAUAUAUAUAUAUAUAUAAUCGUCGGGACAAAAAAUUAAAGAUGUUCCAGAGCAGAAAAUUGCUUACAAUAGGUUACUCGAAAGCGAAGCCUACACCUUGAGAUUGGCUUCUUCAUUCAAGUAUAUACUGAUCAUCGCAACAAGUCUUUGGUUCUUAUUUUGGUAUCAACUACAUGAGACCAUUUUGAGUUUCAUCCGCUUCUCUUUUACCGAUGGAGAGGUGCUAGAGCAAAGAAGUCAACUUCAUUCCUACUUUUAUGCCAUGACUACAGGUUCUCUACCUCGCUCUAAAGGGGAAAUGGAGGAGGGCAUUACUGAGAGAUAUGGCAAGAUCAAGCAAGGUUCCUGGUUAGAUCAAUUUCGACAUGGCUCCAAUCCUUGGAUGGCUAGAUAUGUUUACGGCUUAUUGUUUCUCAUUGCAAAUUUAUUAGCUUGGGCUGUUCGUGAUUAUGGCCAUAGCAUUUUAAAAGAAAUGAAGAGACUUAAAGAAUGUAAUGGUGGUGAAGACUGUUUGGGUGCAGAAGGAGUAUUGAGAGUAAGCUUGGGGUGCUCUCUUUUCUAUUUCGCCAUGUUCCUCUCUACAGCUGGUACUUCGAAAUUAAAUGACCGCAGAGAAUUAUGGCACUCAGGAUGGUGGUCUGCCAAGCUUUUCAUGAAUAUUUGUCUAAUUCUACUGCCCUUUCUUCUUCCAGGAGAGAUUAUUUCAAUAUAUGGCCAGGUUGCACAUUUUGGUGCUGGGGUCUUUUUACUAAUCCAGCUUGUAAGUAUAAUCAGUUUUAUCACAUGGCUGAACGGUUGCUGCCACUCUAAGGAAUAUGCUGUGAGAUGCCACAUCCAAAUGAUGUUACUUGCAACCAGUGCAUAUAUUAUAUGCAUCUUUGGGAUCAUCUUAAUGUACAUUUGGUAUACGCCUCAACCAUCAUGCCUUCUUAAUAUAUUCUUCAUCUCCUGGACGUUAGUACUCCUCCAACUCAUGACAAGUGUUUCUCUCCACCCCAAGCAGGUGAACGCUGGUUUCCUGACUCCAGGUUUUAUGGGGCUAUAUGUGGUGUUUCUCUGCUGGUCUGCCAUCAGAAGUGAACCCCCAGAGGAGAAAUGCAUCCGGAAAGCAGAAUCGGCAACUGGAAAAGGAGACUGCUUCACCAUCAUAAGCUUCGUUGUAGCGGUCCUUGCAAUUGUCAUUGCAACAUUUUCAACUGGAAUUGAUUCAAAAUGCUUUCAGUUCAAGAAGGAUGAUGCACCUGAAGAAGAUGAUGUUCCAUAUGGUUAUGGAUUCUUUCAUUUCGUCUUUGCAACAGGAGCUAUGUAUUUUGCAAUGCUAUUAAUUGGAUGGAAUCCUAAUCACGCCAUGAAGAGGUUUACAAUAGAUGUUGGUUGGACCAGUACUUGGGUAAGGAUAGUGAAUGAAUGGCUUGCAGUUUGUGUUUACAUAUGGAUGCUCGUGGCUCCCAUCGUUUGGAAAAGCAGGCAAGUAGCAGCAUCACAUGUGUGACAGACUUCACAUUUCCAACAUUCUUCCAAUUCUUAUGGCUUGGUUUCAUGCCUGCCUGUCCCGGAAAUACAAGACAAGUGCGUAUCAAGACUUCCACUAACAUGAUUCAUUUAAUUUCUGGAUGAAACCAAGUGCCUAAUUCUACAAGCCUAAUUAAAUGGCAGCCCUCCGUAUCUGCAAAACAGAUCUUGAUACGUGUAAAUGUCAUAGCUUACGUAACAUUAUAGAAUCUCGAUUUCUUACAGCUAAGUGAAAGCAUAAAAAGAAAAAAAAUGAUUGCAGUAAUUAUUUAUCUUUGUUCGCUUAUCUUUUCUUUUCCUUUGAACAGUUUGUACUCCCCUUGGGUAGAUGUAUUGAAGGAAAACUUAAAGAACACAAAGAGUGUGUUU